ACGCUUCGUCAGCUCAUAUUUUGUUUGACGUGAAAUACACAUUGGUUUCGUUUCAAGAAGUUUACAAGUCGUUGAACUAGUACAGUUUAGGCCCAUGUUCCCGGAAGCUCAAGUGGUUUUAGCAUCAAGUAAAACGACGUUGUCUGAAUCUACGUACUUUCAAAAUGACAUUUAGCAGUCAUUACAUUGGUAAGAUUUAGACUACUAUGUAUGCGCAAGGCAAACCGGUUCGGAUUGUUAAAAAAUACCGUUCAAGGAAGACCAGUAUAGAGAGAGACAAGAGUGAAUUAGAAGCGGAGUUAUGGCGCGCCGUGAAGUCAGGCGAUCUGGAGUCUGUGGAGAGGCUAGUGAACGAGGGUGCUCAGGUGGAUACGAUGAAGGAUGGCAUGUCAUUACUUGUAUUUGCGAUUCAAGAAAACCAAACGGAGAUAUCAAAGAAGAUUAUAAGUUUAGGAGCUGAUAUCAGUACUAGGCACGAAGAGAUAUCUGACGGAGUCAUACAAUUUAAAACUGCAAAAGAUUUUGCAGCUGAGCAAGGAUUGGAUGAUUUAUGCGAACUUCUACAAAAUAAGCUCAUACUCAAUACGAAUAUUCGAACGGCGGUUCAAGACGGAAAUAUAUUCUUAGUACAAAGUUUAUUGAAACAAGGCGGAGACGUAAACGUAACGACAGACGACGGAUAUUCUUUGUUGAUGGUAGCAAUAAAAAAUAGGGAUUUGGAUCUAGCCCUACUGCUACUGGAAGAAGAUGCAGACGUCAGCUACGUCCUAGAGGUUUGGGAACAGACGCUGUCGUCAAUCGAACAAUGGAAAAUAACACGCUAUACAGCCAGAGAUUAUGCUAUUGAAUACUUGCCGACAGUCAUUGAGUCAUUGGAAGCCAAAAUACAAGAACAUAAAAUAAAGGGUUUAUCAGUGCCGAUCAACACACAGAAAACACCAUUUGAUGGCUCUUUACUGUACAAAAAGAAACGAAUCGGCCAGAAAUCAUUAGUAUGCUUAAUAAUUUAAAUAGAAUGAGAAGAGAAGAGAAGCUAAGGAAAUCAUGUUCUAGCCUUAUAGGUGUCUAAGUAAUGGGUGCUAAAAAAUAGGAGCGACGAAUUGAACUUGCCGCAUUAUCGAGCAGUGGUGAAGCCGCAUGGGUGCCACCACUGCUAUCGAUAAAAUAUCCAUUGUAAGCAUAUUCAUUCACCGUUAUUAUUGUUAUUAUUGUUAUUAAUACUGAUCAAUAGUAUCUGGAUUUGUAUCGAUAUUUUAAUAUAUUUUUCAAUAAAUAAAUCAAUCAGCA